AUGUUUCCUAGGGCAGUUGUUUCAGCCGCGAUUGCCACCCUGGCGGCUCAGAUGGCAACUGCGCUACCAUUAGCAGGAGGCUUUUCAAAGAGAAUUAUGGGAGGAGCAGAAGCCCCCCAAGGUGACUUUGAGUUUGCCGUGUCCCUCAACAAUGAAGGCCGGAAUAUAUGCGGCGGCUCGCUCAUCGCGCCCGACAAGGUUCUCACAGCCGCUCAUUGUGUUGAAGGCAUAACGCAAAACACUGUAGUUGUGGCUGGAUCGCAUGAUCGCCUCAACGGCCCCCAUAAAUCUCAAAUAAUGAGUGCUCAGACUCACCCCAGGUAUAUCCGGUCGAGGAAAGAUUAUGAUAUUGCCGUCCUGCACAUAUACCCAGAAAUUAAAGACGUAACGCUUGGCAGUUUACCGGAGCCGGGCUUCGAAGUCUCACCUGGAACUGAAGGGAACUUUAGUUCCCACCGGUGA